AUGGCCUCGGGGCUAAGAGCCAGGAGAGAAUCGGCCUUUGUGUCAUUCCAUGAUGUAGCUGUGGACUUCACCUGGGAAGAGUGGCAGCUGCUGAGCCACGCUCAGAGGAUGCUGUACAGGUGUGUGAUGCUGGAAAACUACAACAACUUGGUCUCCCUGGGAACUCCAUUUCCCAAGCCAACACUUGUCGUUCUGCUAGAGCAGGGGGAAGAACCCUGGAAAGAGGAGAGUGAACAUCUGCCCAGCCCCUGUUCAGCAGAUGCAAAGCCAGAAAUUCAACUUGAUUCCUCCUCCGCUCUGGACUUCUGCAGUCGGCCAGUAUGCCAACACGUGCUACAUGAUCAUUGCCUUCUGAUCUGCCCGGGCUUGCUAGCAGGCACUCUCUGCCCGGCCUAUCAGAAGCAGAAGCAGCAACCACUUCCUCACGAAAGCUUCCGCAAUGACAAAGUGAAAGGUGAAGACAGAGAAAAGGGCUACAAAUCAUUGUUUGAGAGGACAAGGGGGAGGUUUACCUCCAGAGCUUUCUUCAGCCCACCUGACAGACAGCUAAUAAGCUUGAGGGAAGGCAAGACAAUGGUGAAAAUAAAGCUCAGCUCAGCUGAGAAGGCAAACCGUUUAGAAACAGACAAAGUAUUAAAGUGGGUUGAUUUCUCAGGAUUUGAAGUAGUGAACUGUGGAAAUUGCGGGCUAGGCUUUAGCCAGAAAUCAGCACUCUUUGUUCAUCAGAGGACCCACUCAGGAGGAAAGCCUUAUUUUUGCAGUGAGUGCGGUAGAAGCUUCAGCUAUAAAUCAGCUCUCAUCACACACGAGAGAUCACAUACGGGGGAGAAGCCUUACCUCUGCACAGAGUGUGGGCAAGCCUUUAGCCAGAAGUCAAACCUAGUCACCCACAAGAUGGCACACUCUGGGGAGAGGCCUUUCGCAUGUGAGGAGUGUGGACGAAGCUUUAGCCAGAAGUCAACCCUCAUCAGACACCUGAGGACACACUCGGGGGAGAAGCCCUUUGUGUGCCAGGAGUGUGGGCGGGGCUUUCGGGAUAAGUCAAACCUUAUCACACACCAAAGGACCCACUCAUGGGAAAAGCCUUAUGUGUGCAGAGAUUGUGGGAGGCUUUUUAGAGACAAAUCAACUCUCAGCAAACAUCAGAGGAUUCAUUCAGGGGAGAAUCCUCAUUUGUGCACUGAAUGUGGCCGGAGCUUUAGUCAGAAAUCGUACCUCAUAAAACACAAGAGGACACACUCAGGAGAGAAGCCUUUUGUGUGUUGGGAGUGUGGACGAGGCUUUAGUGAUAAGUCAAAUCUUACCACACACCAGAGGACACACUCAGGAGAGAACCCCUAUAUGUGUGCAGAGUGUGGUCGAGGGUUUAGUGUUAAGUCAGCUCUCAUGACACACCAGAGGACACACUCAGGAGAGAAGCCUUACGUGUGCCAAGAAUGUGGGCGAGGCUUUAGACAUAAGUCAACUCUUGUUGCACAUCAGAGGACGCACUCAGGAGAGAAGCCUUUUGUGUGCGGGGAAUGUGGGCGAGGCUUUAGACAGAAAUCACACCUCAUCAGUCAUCAGAGGACACACUCCGGGGAGAAGGCUUAUGUCUGCACUGAGUGUGGGCAAGCCUUUAGCCAGAAAGCAAAUCUAGUCAGGCACAAGAUGGCCCACUCAAGGGAGAAGCCCUUUGUGUGCAGGGAGUGUGGGAGAGGCUUCAGCCAGAAGUCAGCUCUCAUAAGACACCAGAGGACACAUUCUGGGGAGAAGCCUUUUGUAUGCAGGGAGUGUGAACGGGGCUUUAGUGAUAAGGCAACUCUCAGCACACAUCAGAGAACACACUCAAGGGAAAAACCUUAUAUCUGUAGUAAGUGUGGGGAAGGCUUUAGGCUGAAAUCACUCCUUAUUAGACACCAGAGGACACAUCUGUUAUAA